GCCGAUCCGAAGAAUAGACCGCACGGAGCGGCGCGGCAUGGACGCUGCACAACACAACCCAGCGCGCCAAGAGAAAAAGAACAUACUCGCUGCGAGUACAAGUACGCAUUCUGCUCGACGACGAGCAUAGCACAGCACAGCACAGCACAGCACAGCAUUGCAUUGCAGCAGAACACGGGAUAGCACGUUGCAUUUGCACCAUUUACGGCCCGCCCCGGAACCAUGGACGAUUCGGACCACCACGAGCCGCGACAGAAAACACAAGGAGGGCUGCUGCAAGCUACAGCUGCUGCUGCUGCUGCUGCUCCUUCUGCCUGCUCGCAAAAGCCGCAAGAACCACCGCCGCUGCCGGAGACMUCGGAAAUCCAGCGCCUCGACGAGCACACCGUGCGACGGAUCACGGCAGAGCAGGCGAUCUCCGAUCUGACCAGUAUCGUCAAGGAAUUGUUGGACAAUGCACUGGAUGCGGAGAGCACGACCAUAAAGAGUGAGUGAUUGUGCUUUGUUUUGUCGUACAACGAAAUGCGGUACAAAACCAAUUGGAUGGGCCAUUUUGCUUUGCUUCGCUUUCUCUCUGAGGCAAACAAUUAGUUUUCGGUCUGCUCUCAUCGAAAUCGAUGUUGUUUCAUUCCGCGCUCUUCGAUCCCGUACCAUUCAUUGCAUUGCAUUGCAUKCCCUUCCGUAGUCCGCUUGUUCGGGCAGGGACUCGAGAUCAUCGAGGUGUCCGACGACGGCACCGGUGUGCCGGUGGGAUCCCUCCCCUACCUGGCCACGAGGCACGCCACGUCCAAGAUCAAAACCCUGGGUGACAUCUACGAGGGGACCGGGAUGACCAUGGGAUUCCGGGGCGAGGCACUCUUCGCCAUGGCCUGCGUCAGCGAUUCGCUGGUGGUCGCCUCCCGCACCGAGGACGACGAGCUGGCCACCAAAGUCGUCUACGGAACAGACGGGCWGCCGGUGGCGGGGGAUUCGGGUGCGGACGCGGAUGCGGAUGCAACCCCCGGCACCCACCACGCGGAAUCUCCUUCGUUUGCCCCCRAGCCACGGCAGCCGGGGGGACAAACCUUUCCGAAACUCGCCCGAAAGGUGGGAACGACCGUCGCGGUGGUAAAGCCCUUCGGGAACCUCCCGGCCCGUCGGGCGGACCUGGUCCGGAGGAUCAAGCAGGAGCGCACCAAGCUCUUCAAGCUGGUGGAAUCCUACGGGGUGUUCAAUGUCGGCGUCGGCAUUCGGCUCAUCGACAUGGCCAAGAGCAGCGGCGGCGCGGUGCACCGGGAGGAAGUCGGCCUGGCUACCAGUUCGUCCUCCCGGACCCUCGAGGAGACGGCGAGCACCUUGCUGGGGCCGGCCUUUGUCAAGGGGAUGACAACGGUGGAGGUCUCGCUGGAAUCCUUCUUUCGGAAAACGGAGGGGAGCCGGAAGAACGACGACGGGACGUGCUACAACUGGGGGAUCCGGGGCCUGGUGUCACGGGAGCACUCGCAGCUGGCCGCCAAGCAGCGGCAGCACGGGGGGAAACACGGCAGCGGCAGCCACCAGGCCCGUGUCCGGUCCGUCCAGUACUACAGCAUCAACGGCCGUGUGGUGGAGCUUCCGGGAGUGACGGCCCUUCUCAAGAAACUGUGGACGGAAUCCUUGUCGUCGGCAAAGGCGUCGCUGUCGUCGKCUUCGGGUCAGUAYAAGCCCCCCAAGAAGCCCUCGGCGAUUCUGGCGUUCACGCUGCCGAACGAUGCCUUCGACAUCAACCUCUCRCCCGACAAGAAGACCGUCUUGUUCACCCACGGGGACGACCUCCUGGAGAUGGUUCGGGAACACGUCUCGGGGCUCUGGGGCGGAUCGGCCCGAUCGUCGGCCGUCUUUGCCGAGGGUUCUCCGGAAGCAAACCUCGGUCGGAAARCAGCGGCACGGGCCAUCGGAAGCGACCGCGAAAGCCCCCGGAGCGAUGCGGCCGCAAAAGCACCGCCAGCGAYGUCGGAACACCAAGACGUGCGGAAGGAGACACAAACACCAGGCAUCGAACCGGAAGCGACGCCGCGAGGGGACGGCGAUCCCGGGCACGGAUACGAAUCCGAGCACGAAUGCCAACAAGGCGAAAACGGCGAWACCCCCCAGCACAAGCGAAGGUUUGCCUUUGUCCACGACAUUUCAAAAGCCAAGAUGCAGCACGAAUCCGCCGGCCGAGAAAACGGCGGGAGGCGGUUGCGCCGCCGCCGAUCCACUGACACGGAGGCAACCAGGGCGACGAAGACGAUCGUGCCACCACCAAACGAGCCAGGGGGGCAAAAUCUCGGCCCCCCAAAGGAACAAUUCACCGAGCCGAGCCCGGUCGCAGCCGCAGCCGCAUCCCAUCCACCGACCCCCGAACCUCAAGGCGAGAGCGAAAGUGAGCGGGAAUCACCCACAACUGGAGAGGAUGGUGGUGAUUGUUCCUCCACGGAGAACGAAACGGGCCAYCUUCCUACGUCAGCCCCCCUGGAUCAAAUUUCCGAUUCCGACCGCCGGAAAUGGAUGGAAGUCCAAUCCAGGUUUGCGAGGGGCGAUCGCGACGAAGAUCCUCCGAGUGGACGAGAAAUUGAAGACGAAACCCAUCAAAGCGACGACCAGCAUAUCCUUUCGAGAUCGGUUUCACUAGGGGGCUAUGCCCGGAAUACGACGGUGGAAACAAACCCACCGGUCACCCCCGAAGAAGUCAUUGAUGCUUCUGCUUCAACURCAAAUACUGCUACGGCUAGCAAGACAAGCGGGGGCGAUAGUUCUCCUCCGAGAGYGCCUUCCUCUYCCACAAGAUCGCGGCUCGAUCUCAACAGUCACCUGAGGAAAUUCGCCCACAACGCAUMUACCGAUGGAGCCGGCAACAACAAUAGCAAGCAAAACCAGAGAGGUGGAUUUCUGAGUCAAUUUGCGUGCCAGGCAUCGGCGGACAGUGGAGUCGYAGACRUAAACAGCRGCAGCAGYAGUAGCAGCAAUAGAAACAACCUUGCYCACAAACGCCGCCGUAAACCCGCUGUAAGCCCACCGGAUAUCAASGAAGCGCCACCUUUGAAAAGCUCCGCUAGCUCUAGGGAUGGAGCAAGUAAAAAGUACGCGGCCGCCCAUGUUAACAACUCGUUUGCUGGUGAUGGAAAAGAAUCACCCCGCGUAUCAUCCARGAAACGAAAAAAAAGGGACGAGGACGAAUCGAUGGAAAUUGAAACCGAAAGRACGAKUCCCUCUUCCAUUGCACCAGAGGAGUSCAACCCAGAUGAGGGAGAUAGUACCACCGAUGCGGGCACCGAGCCCCMGGUAGUAUGGGAAGCCUUUUCUUCAACAGAAAGGAUCUGCUCGGAUUCCAGAGCGGAAAGGCUUCUGAUGCGCAAACGAGUGCAGGACGUCCAUGGCAAUMGACGAUUGCUCAAAGAGUCAAUCUCAGACAGGAACAGUAAAUCUGCUCGACAAGCAGAYAUCAAUACCARACSUAAUGAAUCCUCCCAMGGGGCCAACGCAAGCGAGGAAAAAGACUAUGGUAGGGAURACRACGACGAGGAUUCCUCUUCGAGCAGUCCCUUCAUUCGAAUCUCCAAGUCCACGUUUCGCAGCGGCAUGCAGGUGAUUGGUCAGUUCAAUCUCGGUUUCAUAYUAGCGAGAUGCCCGCAGAACCACCUCUGGAUCAUGGACCAGCACGCUUGCGACGAAAAAUACAACUUCGAGCAGCUCUGUAAGAAGACGGUCAUGCACGUCCAGCCMCUSAUACGGCCCCUGCCCCUCGAGCUGAAUCCGUCCGAGGAAGCCUGCGUUCUGGACCACAUGGACGUCUUUGCCUCGAAYGGAUUCCGCUUCCGAUUCGACGAAACCGCUCCCAUCCGCCACCGGCUGUCGCUGACCUCCCUGCCCCACUCGGGCGCCCACGAGGGCCGCAAGGCCGUCGCCUUUGGACCCUCGGACGUAUCGGCCCUCUGUGCGAUCCUCACGGAGGGUUCUUCCUACGAGGCCGGUUCCGGCGGGACGGGGACCGAUGGCACCGGGCUCUACGGGAACAACGCGGUGCGGCGGCACGCCGGCGGAAGUCAGAGCGAGACCCCCGACCGCCUGCUGGCCCGCCUGCCCAAGGCCAUCGCGAUGUUUGCCAGCCGGGCCUGCCGGACCAGCAUCAUGAUCGGGACGGCCCUUUCCCGCAAGGAAAUGGAGGCCGUCGUGCAGAAGCUGUCCGAKACCGAUUCCCCCUGGAACUGCCCCCACGGGCGGCCCACCAUGCGGCACGUUGCCAACGUGCUGCCGUUCCUGGAGGAGGACGAGCGCCGCGCAGAAACCUACGYUUCGCUUCCCGCGAUCUCCGUCGUUCCRGCCGAGGAAGCAGAGCGGGAGUCCUGAGGGAAUCGGAUUCCACAGAGGAAUGGAUGGGAAGUCAAGGCAACAGCAGAGUUUGAAAACCCACAUCUAAUCUUGCCACCUU